AUGGCUGCUGGAAGGUUACUGCUCUACACGGGCCUCUCGCUAGCGCUCUGCGCCCUCGGCAUGCUGGCCGUGGCCAUCUGCUCAGACCACUGGUACGAGACGGACGCCAGGAAGCACAGGGACAGGUGCAAGGCCUUUAACACCCGCCGGGUCGACCCUGGCUUCAUUUACAACAACAACAACAACUUGCCGCUUCGGGCCAGCCGUUCGCGCCUGGACCGCUGGGAGGGUAAACUCCUCCGGGCCCGGAAUCGCCGGCAGCUCUUCGCCAUGAGCCCCGCAGACGAGUGCAGCCGGCAGUACAACUCCACCAACAUGGGCCUCUGGAGGAAGUGCCACCGGCAGGGCUUCGACCCAGAGAUCGAGGCCCUGAUUCGGAAAGGGGAGAUUGAGCGGUGCACGUACAUCAAAUACCACUACUCCUCAGCCACCAUCCCCCGGAACCUCACUUUCAACAUCACCAAGACCAUCCGCCAGGAUGAGUGGCACGCCCUGCACCUGCGCAGGAUGACGGCCGGCUUCAUGGGCAUGGCGGUGGCCAUCAUCCUCUUCGGCUGGAUCAUCGGUGUGCUGGGCUGCUGCUGGGACCGAGGCCUUAUGCAGUACGUGGCAGGGCUUCUCUUCCUCAUGGGAGGAACCUUCUGCAUCAUUUCACUGUGCACCUGUGUGGCUGGGAUCAACUUUGAGCUGUCACGCUACCCACGCUACCUGUACGGACUCCCCGAUGACAUCAGCCACGGCUACGGCUGGUCCAUGUUCUGUGCAUGGGGGGGCCUGGGCCUCACGCUAAUCUCGGGAUUCUUCUGUACCUUGGCCCCUUCUGUCCAACCUGUCCCGAGGACCAACUGCCCAAAAUCCAGACCCGAGAAUGGGACAGUGUGCUAAAAAAAACAAACUCAUACACACACACACAUAUAUAUAUAUAAAUAUAUAUAUAUAAUAUACAUAUAUACAACAAAACUAAAUCAACAUGAUGCCAGUGCCAAGGUCGAGUUGAGUUGGCUCAGGCACCCGCAUCUCGUCUGGACUUUGUGUCAUCUCAUCACCGAGAUGGGGAAGGCGUGCCCAUCCUGUGGCUCUUCCAUCAAUUCUUAACUUUUGGCUCCCUGGUUUCUGGAAGACAGAGUGAACAUCCCCAUUCGAGGUCGUGUCCUGAUUCCCGUCACUCACAAGGAUGGGGUGGUGGGCUGGGAAGGGACGGUGCCUGGGGUCCAAAGCGGCACAGGUGUCGAGAAGGAAGUACCAUCCACUGGGCCAACAGGAGGGGACACCACCCCAUCACCGAUCAUCUCACCGAGAAACCCCGCCCUUAGUUCAUAGAGUGAAACCAGAUCUUUGAGGCCAUUCACAGAACCACUUCUCCUGCUCGUCCUGUUCUGAUUUCCUUCCAGCCUGACCAGUGACACACAAGGAGUGGAAGAGAAAACACACCGAGAAGGACGUUUCCUCUUCGCUGCCAAACUUUCGGACCAAGUUUCAGAGGUGGGAAGGGGGAGAACACAACGUGCUGAGAGGCAAGACCCGCAUCACUAACAGGACGCUUCAGUGGAUGCUCAGAAAACCCAGUCUUACCUUCCAGCUGCCUUACACCCAGUUAAACAAGAGGCUGCCCUGCCCCAAACCCCACUUCCCAGGCAGAUUGGAGCCUUGGAGUCACGCUGUGAUGUGUGUGUGUGUGUGUGUGUGAUGUGUGUAUGUGUGCGUGUGUGUGUGUGACUACUUUGAGUGGUUUCCUUUUUUCUUUUCACCUUUUAAAAUGGAAAUAUUACAUUAUGACUGUUGUCUAUUAUUUGUGGUGGUUCCACGGCCCAGGACGGAGGCCCCGAGACCUAGGAUGCACCAUAAGGGGCAGGCCUCCAUGGGUGCUGGCUCUGCAGCUUCAAUCCCUGGAGUGUGAGUGUGUGUG